UAGUCUUAGUCUGUGCCUGUGAUAGUGUAUUGAAUGUUGGUAUUUUUGGUUUAAAUUUAAUUAUUUCUGAAUAUUAUGUCGAAUACUACAAUUUUAAAAACCAGUAAAUGUUGUGUUCCCAAUUGUCAUGAUAAAUAUAGUAAACGUCAUCGUUUUCCGAAACCAGAUAAGGAGCCAGAAAUUUUCCAAGUGUGGCUCAAAAAAGUGAAUAAUCCAUUUUUUAAAAGUAAAACACAUGAACAAAUACGCAAAUCCUAUUUGGUUUGUGAUAGGCAUUUUAGGAAUGAAGUCAAAUUAGGUAGCCUCAGAGGUCUUUGGAAAACUGCUAUCCCAACUUUAUUCCUUCCUGGAAGAGAAAAAAUUGGAGCAGAUGGUAAUGAUCAUAAUGAAGAUCAAGGCUUCAUUGUCUUAGAUGAUGUUCCAAAUAAAUUAGCAGAAAAUACACAAAUUCUGACUAGCCAACCAACACUAAAAAAUUCUAUUGAUUUGAGGUGCUACUCCACAAUUACAGAAAAAAUGUCGAAAUUCAAGGUGCUGGUUGCAAACAGUUCAGUUCCACAGAUAGCGCACGAUUUACUGAAAGCUGAAUGCGAUGUCAGAGUUUGCGAAGCUGAGAGAGAACCAAUUCUUCAGAAUAUCAGAGGUGUUGACGCAUUAUUCUGGUCCUCUCAUCACAAGCUUGAUAAAGAAAUGCUUGAUAAGGCAGGACCGCAACUCAAGGUCAUUGGCACAAUGUCUGCUGGAUACGAUAACAUAGAUGUAGAAGAAAUACGAAAAAGAGGCAUCAAGUUUGGAAAUACCCCUGGAGUGUUAAAUAAUGCAGUAGCUGACAUGACGGUUCUCCUAGCUUUGAUGACUUCAAGGAGAUAUCUAGAAGGCAGAGAAUCGAUAGAAAAAUCGACUUGGUCGGAAAAAAAUGGACCGCAAUGGUUGCUUGGAAGGGAUCUCAGUGGAUCAACAGUUGGAAUUGUAGGACUUGGAAAUAUAGGACAAACCAUUCUCCUACGGCUCAAAUGCUUCAAUGUUGAAAAAUUUCUCUAUACUGGACAUAAAGAAAAGCCAGAGGGGAAAUGUCUAAGUGCUCAUUUCGUGCCAAUGGACACCCUCCUGCAAGAAAGUGAUUUCGUAAUUGCCAGUGUUCCAUUAACAAAAUCAACCGAGGGGAUGUUCAAUGCUGAAGCAUUUUCCAAAAUGAAGAAGACGGCAAUUUUCAUCAACGUGAGCAGAGGAGGUAUAGUAAACCAACCGGAUCUAGUGGAAGCUUUGAAGAAAAAUCAGAUAUAUGCUGCUGGAAUUGAUGUCAUGACACCAGAACCUCUGCCACCUGAUCAUGAAUUGCUAAAACUCAAAAACUGCGUUGUGACACCCCACAUGGGAAGUGCUACUAUUAAUACAAGAAAUAGUAUGGCAGAACUGGCUGCAAAAAAUAUCCUGAAAGCGUUGAAAGGAGAGCCAAUGAUAGCACCAGUUGUUUAAAUGUUGAAAAGUGUUAAGAUAUUUUUAUACUUGUAAUUAAUUAAUUUUAUUUAUAAUUGAAAUUGUUACUUUUAGUUUUUUCUUUUGGACCUGUCCCAUACAUUUUGUAAAUUAUGUCAUAAGGGAUCAAUAAACUAUUGUUAUUGUUAUUGUUAAUACAGUUCCAAGAAAUCUCA